UGGAGUCCCCAGCGGCGGUGGAGUCGGAGCAGUUACCGGCCGUGGGGUUGCAGCGGCUUCUUACCGUCUCCGCGCACCGAGCAGGGCUUCUCCCGGUGGCGCUGCGGGUUCGGAGGGUCGGCCGCCAAGCGUAGGUUUCCUAAAAGACAGAAAAAUGGAGGAAUCAGUAAACCAAAUGCAGCCACUGAAUGAGAAACAGAUAACCAAUUCUGAAGAUGGAUAUGUAUGGCAAGUCACUGAUAUGAAUCGACUACACCGGUUCUUAUGUUUUGGUUCUGAAGGUGGGACUUACUAUAUCAAAGAACAGAAGUUGGGCCUUGAAAAUGCUGAAGCUUUAAUUAGACUGAUUGAAGAUGGAAGAGGAUGUGAAGUGAUCCAGGAAAUAAAGUCAUUUAGUCAAGAAGGCAGAACCGCAAAGCAAGAGCCUAUGCUCUUUGCACUUGCCAUCUGUUCUCAGUGUUCCGACAUAAGCACAAAACAAGCAGCAUUUAAAGCUGUUUCUGAAGUUUGUCUCAUUCCUACACAUCUCUUUACUUUUAUCCAGUUUAAGAAAGAUCUGAAGGAAAGCAUGAAAUGUGGCAUGUGGGGUCGUGCCCUCCGGAAGGCUAUAGCAGACUGGUACAAUGAAAAGGGGGGCAUGGCCCUUGCUCUGGCAGUUACAAAGUAUAAACAAAGAAAUGGCUGGUCUCACAAAGAUCUAUUAAGAUUGUCACAUCUUAAACCUUCCAGUGAAGGACUUGCUAUUGUGACCAAAUAUAUUACAAAGGGCUGGAAAGAAGUCAAUGAAUUGUAUAAAGAAAAAGCACUUUCUGUGGAGACUGAAAAAUUAUUAAAGUAUCUGGAGGCUGUAGAGAAAGUGAAACGCACAAAAGAUGAACUGGAAGUCAUUCAUCUAAUAGAAGAGCAUAGAUUAGUUAGGGAACAUCUUCUAACAAAUCAUUUAAAGUCUAAAGAGGUAUGGAAGGCUUUGUUACAAGAAAUGCCUCUUACCGCAUUACUAAGGAAUCUAGGAAAGAUGACUGCUAAUUCAGUGCUUGAACCAGGAAAUUCAGAAGUAUCUUUAGUAUGUGAAAAACUGUGUAAUGAAAAACUGUUAAAAAAGGCUCGUAUACAUCCAUUUCAUGUUUUAAUUGCAUCAGAAACUUAUAAAACAGGUCAUGGUCUCAGAGGAAAACUAAAGUGGCGCCCUGAUGAGGAAAUUUUGAAAGCUUUGGAUGCCGCUUUUUAUAAAACAUUUAAGACAGUGGAGCCAACUGGAAAGCGUUUCUUGCUGGCUAUUGAUGUCAGUGCUUCUAUGAACCAGAGAGUUUUGGGUAGUGUACUCAAUGCUAGCACAGUUGCUGCAGCAAUGUGCAUGGUUGUCACACGAACAGAAAAAGAUUCUUAUGUAGUUGCUUUUUCAGAUGAAAUGGUACCAUGUCCAGUGACUGCAGAUAUGACAUUACAACAGGUUUUAAUGGUUAUGAGUCAGAUCCCAGCAGGUGGAACUGAUUGCUCUCUUCCAAUGAUCUGGGCUCAAAAGACAAACACAGCUGCUGAUGUCUUCAUUGUCUUCACUGAUAAUGAGACUUUUGCUGGAAGUGUCCAUCCUGCUUUUGCUCUCAGGGAGUAUCGAAAGAAAAUGGACAUUCCAGCUAAAUUGAUUGUUUGUGGAAUGACGUCAAAUGGUUUUACCAUUGCAGACCCAGAUGAUAGAGGCAUGUUGGAUAUGUGUGGCUUUGAUACUGGAGCUCUGGAUGUAAUUCGAAAUUUCACAUUAGAUUUGAUUUAACCAUAAGCACCAGCAUGAUCUAAGAGGUCCGUUGCCAUCAGUGAUCUCACUAAAAAUAUGUAGCUACUUCCCAGCUAAUCUUAAUCCAAUGAAAGAUGAUGAUAGUAUAGUAUGUGCAUAAUGGAAAAUUUAUCUUACCAAAAAAAAAAAAAAAAAAGAUGAGCCCAAAGUUCUUUCUGUCUACUAAACUAGCUCUUGGGAAAUAGCUUCAAAAUACACUGUAGCUCCCUCUAUCUAACAGAGAACUUCUUGUUGAUAGACACUGUAAAAUAGUCAAACAGUUUUGCUGUGGUGAAUAAUCACAUUUGUACGUAAAAGAAGUGAGAGCCAAAAGUAAGUAGUUCCUUAUCAUGUCACUUGUUUGAAAAGUGCUUAAAGUUUUCUUAAAUGUUUGCAUUGGGAAAGGACAGCUAUGAUAAUGUCCAAAUACUCUGAAAUGCACUGGACCAUGUAACUGUGAUGGAAUAUGAAAUUCAUGUGUAAAUUUUUAUACCAAGCAGUUUAAAAAAAAAAAAAAGACAUUUGAUUAAAUUAUGAACAAGUUUUACAAAUUCCUUGAAGUUUUCUAAGAUCACAUAACUAGCAGCUUUCUUACUCUGUGAAAAAGAUGCUUUGAUAUUUUAUUUACACUUGUAGGAUUGUUACAUUAACCAGAAAAAUAGUGGAAAAACCCCUGAGAAAAGACACUAAAGUUUGUGUCAACUGAGGAAGUCUGUUUGGUUUGCAUUUUGUUUUUGUGCAUUUUAACGCUGUGAGUGGGGGCAUGACUUGACAGUUUGUGCUAAAAUAUAACAACAAGCCAGGUGUAGCCACACUUUUUUUUUUCAUAGUCCUACCAAAUGAAAACAACAAACUGUUUUAAGCAUUUAAUUCCCCCACUCAUAAAUCUGAAAGUGACAAUUAAAAUCUCAACUGUAACCAGCUUAGCUUUUUCCUUACUUGAAAAUAAAUAUUCUAAUUACCUUUAACUAUUUUUUUAGUCAAUUGUCAGUGGGUUUUAGAUAUUUCCUAAUUGUAAACAUGUCAAUGACAUAUCUCUGUCCAUUAUUCAUUUGUGGCAAGACAUUCUUUUUUGAUAGUGUAAAAAAAAAAUAAUAAUAGAGCAAGCUAGGUCUUUCAUGUUUGAAAGGCAACUUCUGAGUAACAUUACCACUAACCAGUCUGUAAGAAAUUUUUUUUUCUAUUUUACUUGUUAUGUAUAAUUAAACUUCCUUUUCAUUACACUAAAGUGCAUUAUUUUCUUGAGCAAAUGUCCCUUCUUUCUGGGGAGGCCUAACCUAUUGAAAUGCCAAUAUUUUUGCUCAUAGUUAUAUCAUGGUUGUUUAAGAUAACAUAAAAUUUCAAUUUUUAUGUAUUUUCAUAAUAAUUAAUGAUUUACUGAGGAUUUAUAAAGCCCUUCUCACUGUCAUGUGAAAAGUCAAACUAGUAAAUGUAAAUUACAGCCUUCUGUGGUUAGGAGUUAGAGGUUUUGUUUUGAGGGCAAAGGGGACUUCAGUAGCGUUAGAAUUUGUGAAGAUAUUUUGUUUCAUGAGAAAUUUGGGCUCUGGAAGUGACAGGAAAAUGUCCCUUUCAACCUUAUUUGACAUUAAUGCUGGCUGUGCUAUGAGUCAUUCCUUCAAGGCAACUGGUAGCAAUUUGUAAACAUUGUGAUUUACCUGAGGUUUUUUUGUCAACAAAGUAGUGUGUGCAUACCACCACCCCCAUACAUUGCUUCUGAUGUCAUUGUUUUUUGACACUCUGUCAAACAUUGGAUGUAAGGUGUUAGCUACUUUUGAUAACAUUAAAAUAUGUUCAGAUUGAACUUAAAGUUUAAAGAGCCUAGUAAAAUUAUAUAAUAGUUUUUGAAGUUUCUAAGUAAACUCAAGAUCUUCUUAAAAAUUACAUGAUCUUUUUAUUCCUAAUAGAAAUGUUAACUGGAAUAUAGCAUAAAAGUUUAUUUCCUUCACUUAUGUACUAUUCCUAUAGUGCUUUUAGAUGUUCACAAGCUAAUCAAUCCGUCAGAGAAGAUUAGAUGUGACCUUUUGAAGUACUUAGGUACAUCUAAUUAAAUGGAUUAGGGUAAAAUUUAAAGAAGAAAAAAAUCUGAAAUUUAAAAUAUGAUUUUUAAGUGUAGGUUAGGGAUCCAAGGUCUAAAAGAGUAUGGCUUCGGAGUACUAGAUCUAGCAAUCUUGGACUCUUCAUUCCCAUUCCAGAAUUCAUCUCCCCCUACUUUUUAGGUAUUAGGAAAUAAUGUAUCUACAUGAUUGCUUUAGGAGUAGAAAAACAGAUUGUGAACAUGUAUACUUUUGUAGUUCAUAGUAAUCCUCAAUUACAAUUAAUGUCUUAACAACCUGUGUUGCUAUAUAUAACAUAACCCUAUAGAAAAAAUUUUAAAACUUUACCUCAUUAUGAAUAAAAUUUACUCAAGUGAUAAAGAAGUUUUAUUUUCUGAAUUACUUUUAGGAUUAUUGCUACAUUAAUAUUUAGGGAAAUGUUGCUUUAAAAACAAUUCUAAGAAAAACUUUUUCUUAGAAAAUAUGUAAAUAUUUUCAGGAUAUAGUUAUAAUUAGUGAAACAAAACUAAUGUUAUACUCAUACCCUUCCUUAUUAGUUGAAAUUUCUUGAAAAUGCCAUUUAUUAACACUGUUACAUAUUAUUUAGUUUAGUUACUGUUUAAUGGGAACAUGAGUGAGGAAGAUGCUAGUGAAUGGAAUUUAGUGUUACCCCUCUGGAACCUCUUGCUUUAUCUUACUAUGUGACUGUAGACAACCAGUUUAACCUUCAGUUUUGUUAUCUUUGAAAUGUGACCUAUCUUGAUGCUGAGAUCUUAGAAGAAUCAAUGAUUUAAUAUCUGUAUAAAAGUUUAAAUUAGGAGGAGGGCUUGCAAUAUAAAUUAGAACUUUUUUAAAUUAAAAACAUUCUUGGGCGCCUGGGUGGCUCAGUUGGUUAAGCGACUGCCUUCGGCUGAGGUCAUGAUCCCGGAGUCCCGGGAUCGAGUCCCGCAUCGGGCUCCCUGCUCAGCGAGGAGCCUGCUUCUCCCUCUGACCCUCCCCUACUCAUGUACUCUCUCUCUCUCAUUCUCGCUCUCUCAAAUAAAUAAAUAAAUCUUUAAAAAAUAAAUAAAUAAAUAAAUAAAAUAAAAACAUUCUUAAUAGGAGAUACAUGUUUCAAAUGAUAAAAUGUUUUCAAAAAACCAUUCAAUAGGCUCAGUAAUUUGUUAAAACAUUCCUGUUCUGAGUGGGAAAAUGUGGAAGAUAAAUGUUCACAGUGAAGGUGAGUAUUAUUGACUAAGAAGUCACUAUUGUCUGAUCAAGAGAAAGUAACAUAUUCCAAGUCUUAAGAUCCACUUGGAUAGACCUAGAAAAACUUAUACUCUAAAUGAAGAAACACUAUUAAUAAACAUUUGAUUAACCUUUUAAAAUAACAGAUACAUCUACAAAUGAUAGUAUAACAUUUUAUCAGGAUUUUGCCCUCAUUUUCAGAGAUUUUGCAAAAAUAAUAUAAAAUUUUGGAAAUUUAAAGCAAAAUUCCUAAGUAAAUUGGAGGAUCUGACAGUUAAGUGAAAAACAUUUCAAAAGCACAUCUAAACAAUAAGUGAAAGGAAAUCAUUGUGAUCACUUACUGGACUUAGCCUAAUUUAACCUAAAGGUUACAUACCCACAAAUAAAACUUUCUUGAAAAGUGGUGCCCUUAGAGUAAGUUAUCAAAAUUGAAAAAUUCUAGUCUUCUAUGCCACAAGUUUGGGGUGAUUUGUUAAGGCAAGGUCCCCUUUAGAGAGAUGCUCCAUAGCCUCAAUAUAAACAUGCACAAGAAAGAAUUAGAAAAAAAGGUAUGAAUUUAGUUAUAUUUACUGUACAGAUUUUAUUUAGCAUUUCCCUAUUAUCUGCUUCCUAAUCUUAUUUGUUGGAAGAUUAUAUGUUUUUUUUUUCCUUAAAAUUACUUUAUUCUGACAUUUUUGUCUUCUGUUUCUAGUCCUGCUCUUACCUCAGUAAUAAAAUGAAUGACAGGAAAAUCACCCAUAUUUAGGGUUGGGAUGAAUUUCUUUGCAGAUUUCCAUUUGUUCCAUACAGAUUUAAGAUCAUAUUUUUUCAAACUAAUAAUGGGCAGGUCUCUUGGAACAAUAAUUGGAUUAAUAUAUUUUCUUCCCAAAUCAAAUUACAUUGUAUACUUUUUACGUUAGAUGGUUGCAAAAAUUUUGUGGCCCUUAAGUAAGAUUAUUCAGCCUUUGUUUGCAAUUCUAGAUCUACUUUGCUCUUAGAAAAAGCACUCUUAGAAAAAUAAUUAACUGAAUACUCAGAAAAUAGCACAUCAUGCUCAUAUUUCCAUAUAAAAACCACUUUCAAAUCUUUCAUCUACUAAGUACUUCACUGAGCUUAUAUAUACAUCGUUUGUGGUGUACAGGAUCUUGUAAAUAACUUGUAUUCACAUUUAACAUUUUUUUAAUUGAUAAGUUUUUUAUUUGCUUUUAAAAAAUUAUGAAGUUAAUUUUAAAAUUCUAUGGCAAUAUUUUUUCAUGUAGUUAAGCAUACUGUUUGAAUGAAAUUAUAAUAAAUAACACAUUUUCCUAAACCAUGAAAGUAUCAAAUUAUAUUAGAAAUUGGUAGAGACAAAGUAGAGGAGUUGCAUUGCAAAUUCUAUUACUGAAAUUAAGGUGAUUAUUUUCAAUGAUUAUGAAUUUUAUAAAUACAAUGAAAAUAUACAAAAGCUGUUUCUGAGCCUAAAGAGAUUUUUCCCUUUGCUUUUUUUUAAUUUAGCACGACCAUGUGUCAUAUUAAUUUUAUGAACAUAAGUCAUACUGAAUUUUAAAAUAUAUUUGGAUUUCUGUACUUUUAGAAGUUAUCAGAAAACUGAACAAAAGAAACAGUAAGCUACAUUUUCACUUAAUGAACACUUGGAUUGUUGAGGGUAGUAAAUGAGGUAAAGCCUUGCUAUUUUAUAUAUCAUUACCACAUACAAUCGAUAGAGUAUUGAAACUUUCAUUUAAAUACUUACUAGGCUUUAUUUGCAGUGUAAACUUUAGAAUCCAUAUACAGCCAAAUUAAGUUUAAAAUAUUAUACAACUAAUGAAUAGUAAUCAAGAAAUGUUUUUGUUGCACUAUUAUUUUAAAUAUGGACUAUAUAUAAUGUGGUUUGGUGUGAGUAGACAACAUUUCUGUAAUGCAUUUGAGUUAUAUUUUCUUCCUUUAUGUCAGCUUCUGAUAAUGAAGUUCUCGAAAGGGAUGAGAUUAUAUGAAAUCAUCUUUUUAAAAAAGUUGGUUAGGGGAGAGGUGUUAUAAUCCAGUUCUAAAAAACUGUUCAUUUGUUUUAUAUAAAGGCUUUGAUUUCCAUAAUUGACCACUUACUGAAUAUUUAAAUUACAUAGAAUAAUGCCUGCAUAGAAUAAAAUGUAAGUAUGCAAGAGCCUUAAAGUGAAAAAAAUGAAUUUUCUGACUGCCUUAAAAUAUGACUAACUCUCCAACAGGCAUACUAGUUAUUUUCCAUAGGGUCUGUUCAUUAAGUAAUGCCUUAAUAGUGUUAGUGUUUCUGAAGUACAGAACUCAAAGGGUCUUUUAGAGCUUUCAUUUUUACAUAAUGGAGAUUUAACUGUUAAGUUUUAAAACCUGAUAGUACAUUAGUAGUUUAAGCACCUAUUAACAGGAUAAUCUGGGUACACUGAUAACAUUCUACAUACAUGACUGUUAACAUCAGUAAUAUUUUGUGGUAGUUUAAGGUUUUUUUAUUAUUUGGUAUAACAAAUUAUCCAAGAAGCUGGACUUUGUGUAAUAUAAUCUCCAAGGACCAAGCUGCAUAUUUAAACACUAUGAAUGAAAAACACAGUUGUACAGUUUCAAAAAUGAUUACUUUUUUUGAGGGAAUUUUUCAAGACAAAAGGCAAAUACUUUGUUUCAAACCUAUAAGCAAAUUCAUUCAAAGAAGUGAAUAUAGUUGUAAAACAUUGUGAUUGUUGCAAUAAAAAGUAACCAGGCCAGUCAUUUGUUUAAUUACAUUCACAUUGCCUUUCAAAGCAGGAAUAUUUUAUAAAACUGAAAGGAAACUUUAAAUUGUCAAGCUGGUGCUUAAGGAUACAAAGUUUUAUUUAUACAAGUUUCACUUCAAAGGAAGGGACCCUGAAAGGGGGGGGGGGGGGCGGUUCUUAGGUCUGUUCAUAAACUUACUGAUGCUUUGUUGAGUCUUCCAUGUUUUCACUGUAAAUAAUAUACCUAAUAAUGUAAUUUUGAUGUUUUCUGGUAGAAAAUGGAUGAAAUACUAAUGAAUUAAGUUUAUUUCAUGAUAAAAGUUUUCACCGAUACUGUGAAAUCUUGACUUUCUCUCCUUUUCUAGCCUCGCAAAAUACCAUACUGAAUACAUCACUGUAGACAUGGGGUGCAGAUGCACAUUAUGGGAACUGCUUCUGGUCAAUUAUAUUAUUGUAGUAAUUGAUAGAUACACCAAAUAAACUCUAUGCACAUCAAAUAA